AUGCCGUCCUCAGAAUACACGGCCGCGAGCGGUGGAGCGCUAAAACUCAAAGGCGGCGGCGUCGAUAAAAAGAAGAAGAAAAAGAAGCCAAAGACUACCGAAUCUACAAAGCCUUCAGAAGACACUUCCACCCACGUCGCGAAACGAUCAACUACCGACGAUGACGCGCGCAAGUCACCUUCAGGCACACCCGGCCGUUCAAUGUCACCCGAGACUGCGGAGCGAUCGAUACGAGAAGGCGGCGGCAGACAGAAGACGGAAGCCGAAAGGCGACACGACGAGAUGCGAAGGAAGAGGCUGGAGGAGAGGUUGAAGAAGGAAGGCGUUAAGACGCACAAGGAAAAGGUGGAGGAGCUCAACAAAUAUCUCAGUGGACUGAGCGAACACCACGAUAUGCCCAAAAUUGGACCUGGCUAA